AAAACUGGCUGCCCGAAAUCAUAUCAUGCGAGAUGCGAUGCAAGCGAGUUGAAUGUUGAAAUAAACAUGGUUGUUCUCAGUAUUGUUUCUUAUGUGCAAGGUCGAAGAUCUAGUCUAGAUAAUUAUUUCUCUAAUUUCAUCAGUGAAAUCUUACUAUCUAAUAUAACGUUAAUAUUAUCAUAGAGUACAUAGUAUGCUGAAAUGGUAGCUUUUUACGUUUGUCCAACUUUUUGGGGCUCUAGAAAUGUCGGGGGACGAACCAUCUACUCAUUAUGUAAAAACCAUAGAAUGGGAUAUGAUGGACAAAAGAAAAUUUUUCCCCCUGAGCAUGCUGAGUUCUUUUUGUGUUAGAUGUAGUCUUUAUCCUUUGACACUAAUUAAAACCAGAUUGCAAAUUCAGAAGCAUGGGCAAAUGUACAAUGGUCUGUGGGACGCGGGCAACAAGAUCUACCGCACGGAGGGUGUGUCGGGCCUGUACCGCGGCUUCUGGGUGAGUUCGGUGCAGAUCGUGUCGGGUGUGAUGUACAUCGGCACCUACGAGGGAGUCCGCCACGUGCUCAGCCAGUAUCGGUCGCCGCCCUCGGUCAAGGCCAUGCUUGGGGGUGGCGCCGCCUCUCUCGUCGGCCAGACCGUCAUUGUGCCCUUCGAUGUCAUCUCGCAGCACCUCAUGGUCAUCGGCUUGUCCAGCCAGUCUCAGGCUAAGAUAGCGAAUCCCCUGGGCAUCUCGUUGGAUCCAAGUAGAUCGAAGUUUCGCACGACGCUGGACAUUGCUCACAUCAUCUACAAGACGGACGGAUUCCGUGGCUUUUACCGGGGCUACUUUGCAUCGCUCUGCACCUAUGUUCCCAACAGUGCUCUCUGGUGGUCUUUCUACCAUUUCUACCAAGAUCAACUAGUUCUAAUGCUUCCCGAAGACGUAUCUCAUCUAUUAGUGCAAUGCAUAGCUGGAACCCUGGGCGGGUUCACCACCACUCUACUAACCAAUCCUAUGGACACAAUACGGGCUCGACUACAGGUUCAGCGCACCAAUUCGAUCCUGAAGACGUCGAAGGCCCUCUGGAUGGAGGAGGGAAUGUGGAUGUUCUCGAAGGGGCUCUCCGCUCGCCUCGUGCAGUCUGUCUGCUUCAGUGCGUCCAUCAUCCUCGGUUACGAGACAAUAAAACGCAUCAGUGUUAGGCAAGAGUACAAAGAUAUGGUGCGAUGGUAAGCUAACCAAUUCAUUAAUAUUGUAAUCGUUGUAUAGUAGGAUUCACGUUCAACUGUUAGCAAUGCAACCGCUGCAAUGCAACUAUUGUAAUGUCACAGAAUACACACAAGGAAAACUCUGCCAAAACCUGGGCACCAAUUCCCUAACAAUUGAAUAAGAUUACAACUAUUUUAUUUAUUCAUUUGUAAUAUCAGGGCACCUGGAGAAACCCAUAUGAAAAAAUAUACGGAUCCCUAUUUAUAGAUUUGUUUUUAUAUUUUUGCAAUAAUCUUUAUAAUUGUAUUUAGUAUUGUAUGUCAAUAAAUGAGCAUUUGUCUUUAAUUUUACAUGAAAAAUAAAUGCUUUAUUGUAAUUUGAAAGACAUGCCACAUGGCGGCGUUAUUGUAUAGUGACAACUGGAGAUUGACUGUAAUCAUCUUUCUAUGCUUCCACUGUAUUUUGUGUUGGACAUGUAUUCGAAAUUUACCUACAAAAUUCUUACAAUUAAGUGUAGACUUCAUUGUGAUUUGAAAUUAGCGCCAAAUCUACUAUUUUCCAAAAUGACGUACAUCUACUGGACUUUUGGGGACAAGUUCACUAAGUAAUGUAAAUAUUACAAGUUUAUUACAUUGGUUUUAUUGAGAAUUUCCCUUCUUUGUAUUCUGUGGUAGUGUUGUAAAUUUUUGUCAUGAACUAUUUUUAAAUUUUUCAUUCAUUGUAUAGAGAAACUCACAUCUAAGUAUCAGCUUUAGUACCAUCUUCUAGGAUUAGAAUACCAAAUACCAUCUUUUAGGAUUAGAAAAGAUGAUUGGGUAAUAGAAUUUAUUUGCAAUAUUGUUGUGAACGAUAUCAAUUUCUAAUCAGUUUGUCAUAAUUCCGUGAGAUGAGUUUUCAACAUUAUUUCAAUAGCAGUUGAUUGCAAUUUGCUGUAUUGAGGCUUACUUCAAACUGUCGGUAUCGAUUUAAUGGGAGACAGUAAUGUUAGGUAUGAGGUAUGCUGAAAGUUUAAAUUGAAUCACACUAUAGUGUUUAAAACGUUGUUGGGUUGUAAAUUCAAUUUGCAAUAAUGUUGUUGAACGAUAACUGUUGUUUGCGACAGUGUUCUCAAACUGGAGAGACAGUUGUAUUAUUGGAAUCAUUACAAAUGAAAAAACAAGAAACAGUCAACUAAAACUUAUCUUCCUAAUUUCGAUUAAAAUAUUAUAUAAUGAUGAUGUAAGCUAAUUAUUCUCAAUGAUCCUUGAUAAAACUUGAAGGAUUUUAAUCCUUCCUGAAAACGAUCUUUCCUCAUUUUUAAAAAGUUAACACCUAACACCAUAAGAUGUUUGUGACAUUCCCAUCACUAUCAUGGCAUUACUGUCAACAUUUCUAAUAAAUAGCAUCAAUGCAUGUAAUUCAAUCAAUGCUAAUAGUUGAGUGAAAUUCACUACAGUAUGCUAACAAUUGAACGUGAUAAUAAUAUAAAUGUGGUCUCUACUUUGAUGAUAUUGUUGUAGCUUAUCAAUAUUUUAAAAUCUAUUCUAAAAAUGUUAUUAUGUUUAGUAGUUAUACAGCUAUUAUACACAGUAAAUAUGUGAACAGAAACAACUAUAGUGUAAUUUACUUUAAACUGUUAGAAUUCCUUAUAAAUAACAUAAAUGCUGACAGUUUAAAGUAAAUCUCACUCUGUUAGAAUUGCAUUUCUUAAUAGAUAGAAACUGUAGUCUUGUCUUAUUAAGAAACUAAUCAUUAUUGUUGCUGGAUUAUUAAUACUAACUUAUGAUUACAAAGUUAUCUGUGUAGAUUAGAUUUAAUUUUCUAGUCGGCCAUUUUUAAUAGUUUUCGUAAUCAGUUUUGAAGUAACUAUGGUGUGAUUCACUUGAAACUGUCACCAUUGGUUGAAUCAUAAGCAUUGAUGUUAUUUAUAAUGAAUGCUGACAGUUUCAAGUGUAUCUGACUAUAAUAGAGUAUAUAAUAUUUGCAAUAUUAGUGAGUGAGUUGUCUAUAUUAUUAAUUCAAUAACGCCAUGGGUUUAGAUCAAAAGAAUAAUUUUUUUGAAUUAUUUUGAAGUUGUGAACUGUUGUUGAAACUAUGUUGUAAAAUAGUCAUUAUCGUGCUAAAAGAAACUCAAAUGUCAGCCAAUCAAUAUUUCUAUGAUUAUUCUGUUGUAAAAACUAAUCAACUAAAAAAUAUGUUGGUAUUCCAAAUCUAUGUGGAUUCCGGAACCCAUCCAAUUAUGAUUACAAUAAUAGCAGUGUUCUAAACGUGAAUAUUUAUUUCAAUAUAUUGUUUUAAAUAGUUGAGUGUUAUUGUGAGAUUCACUUUGAACUUCCAGCAUUUACAGAAGCGUUGAUGUUUUUCAUAAGAAAUGUAAUACUGAAUUUUACUAUAGUUAUUAGUGUUCUAAUAAAAUAAUUAUUUGUAAAUAGUUCCAAUUCCCUACUUCUGAGGUAGCUCAAUUUAUCAUUCGUUUUUUUUUAAAGUCGCCGUUAAAAUAAUAGAAUUAUUUUUUAUUGUAACUCACUAACUCUGAUUUCAUAUGUAUUAGAACUUUCAUUGUUCUCAUAACUUUCAUUGUGGAACAGAGAGUAGUUACAAUAGUGAUGUUUCUGUUUCGUAUGUAAACAACAUAAUAUUUUUGGUUAUUUGUUUAUUGAGUGAUGAAUUAUUUACUUACUGUAUUGUGAUUUUCAAUAAUUAAUAAAAAAUGUGUAUCCACAUUAAUAUUUUUUAUAAAGGACCAACCAUCUCUUGGUGAAUUUUUACAAAAAUGAAUUCUAGGAAUAUUGAUUUUUGCUGACUAUACUAUAUUGAGCCUUUCAUGUUUCGGCAGUGUUAAACUAUGUGUAGAUAUAGUGUUGUUAAUAUAAUAUAGAUAUUACAGUAUACAAAAAAGAUGAAUUGGAUGGAUGUGUACAGUAGUAGCUAGUAUAUAGGUAAUACGUACAAAGUAUAUAAUACUUAUUUGUUAUGUCAAAGAUAGUUUAUGAGGAUUAAAUUGGAAAGAGAUUUCUAUUUGGACGUUAUGUUCUCGAUUGCAAGUACGUCUUUUAAAUUAAGUGACUUUUUUACGCCACGAGAUCCAUUGAGAAGCGGACGACGCCUUUAAUCACGGUCAAAUUUAAUAGGCGUUCAACCAGACCUUCGUUCUAUUAAUUUUCCGAUGUCAUAAAUUUUGCAAUGCAUUAUUCUUUGUUUUCUAUAAAAUUUAAUAUUGGUUGUAAAAAUAGUAAUAUUAAUAUUGUAUACAAAAAUGUAAAAUAUGUGUGACAGAAUGUAUAUGGUUCGAUUUUAUUUCGUUUUAAACUUAAUUUUGUUCGUGCAAGAUUAAUAUUUUCCUAUUUAUAUAAAGGUAGUUAGUUUGCUCACCUGUGUUAUCAGUUUUUUUGCACAAAAUUAAGAAAACUGCCAAAUAAUCUGAUGAUAUAUUGAGAUUUCAAAUAGUACAUAGUACGUAAAUAUUAUUUUCUCUAUUGAAUUGUUUAGGAAUUGAUAUCAAUUCUUUUAUUGCCAUGAUAUAAUAUACCAUAUUAUGGUCUGGAAAGUAUAAACAAUUAAUUUGUACUUUAUCUAGGAGUUCUACUUUUAUUAAUUUUAUACUUAUUUGAAUACUUUUAAAAAUAGAGUUGUUUUAUUUAUUAUUGUUCAAUUAUUAUUAUACAAACUCAACACUGAAGUUAACAAACUUGAAAAUAAUUUUAAAUACAUUUUUCCAUUAUAUCAAAUUUGAUUAAAGAAACAUGUUUUUCCUAAAAGUGUUUUACGUUUCAGAUAAAUAUUACCCUAUAGAAUAUAGAAAAUAUUAUUUUAUUGAGGCAUGGAUGCAAUAAUAUAUUAAUUAUUAUUGCAAUUUAAUAUCAAAUUUUAUUUCAAUUUAAAAAAGGUGAAAAUUUUGAAAGCAUCAAGCAUGAUCUUUUAAUGAAAUCCAAAGAAUUAAUUAAUAUAUUUUUGAUGCCAUGCUAUGAAUUUGAGAUGAAUACUAUUAGAAAGAUGAUAUUUAGUAGUUACCUGAUAUAAUUAUCAAAUUAGCAUACACAGUACAUUGUUUAAUAAAUAAAUGAAGCCGCUUUUUCUCUUAAAAACGUUCAUUACGAAUUUCAUAUGAUCUAAAAUUUACUUGAUUUUUUGGCAUAAUGAUGAUGUAAUUAAUAAUUAUUAUUACAUUUUUGGCCAAGAAAAUAUUAUAUACAUAUACGAGUGGAAUUCGAUAGAACCUUCUCAAACUGUAUAAUGUAUGUAGGAUUUUUUAAAGAAUGGAUGGUGUAAAAGUGUUUCCAAUUUUCAAUAAUUAAUAUAACAUUUAUUUGCCAUUACUCCAAACAUGUUAACAAUACUCGUAUGAGUUGAAUUGUCAUGUACCAACUAACAUAAUAAUACUGUUAAUCAAUUUUCACUGGAUACAGUUCCUAUGUGAGUUUAUUUUUUGUAAUCUCUUAAACAAAUUUGUUGAACCAAUGGUAACAGUUUUAAAAUUAAUCAUCUUUAUGUAAUAAAAUAAUAAUGUUGAAUGUAUAAUUCAUUAUGCAUUUCUAUAAUAUUUGGAAUCUUUCUCACAUGUGCGAAAUUUAUUUAAAGAUGAAAGUUUUACUCAGGCAAGGUUUCUCAGGUCCUUUCUGUAUGUUUAAUAAUUCAAACCAACUAUAAACUUCCAACUUGAAAAAAUUAUUUUAUAAAGUUAGAUUUAUUUGUUUUUGCAAUAAUAUUUGUGAUACUAUGGGAAGUAGUCUUUUAAUAAUAUGAAAAUUGUUAUUAUGUUGAAAGGAAAUACACAAAUUUCGGUUUGGAA